AUGUCGUCUAGUGCCACGAUGCAACUGGAUGAAAGCCAGCUUAGUGCAGCUCACACUGUUUGGAAUUACAUGAAGGUUAGCCACCCGGUGAGGAAGUGUGACGUCAUCAUGGUCCUCGGUUCUCACGACAGUCGAGUGGCUGAGAGAGGUGCUCAACUUAUGCUGGAUGGACUAGGUAACUGGUUGUUGUUCUCGGGAGGAUUGGGAAACCUCACCGAGGGUGUAUUCGAGAAGCCCGAGGCAGAUCUGUUUGCAGAGAUUGCGUGCCGCAUGGGCGUGGAUAAAAGCAAAGUUCUCAUUGAGAAUAAGUCUACAAACACAGGCGAGAACGUUCGCUUUAGCCAAGACUUAUUGGCCCAACAGGGUAUCAAGGUAGGCUCUGUCCUGGCAGUGCAAAAACCCUACAUGGAGCGGCGCACGCUAGCCACGUUCGAAGCACAAUGGCCGGAAAUGACUUGCUUAUGCGUGACGUCGCCACAGCUACGCCUCGAGGACUAUUGCUCAUCAGAAACGGGCGACUUGGCACACGUGGCAUCCAUAAUGGCGGGCGAUUUCCAGCGGAUCAAGGUCUACCCGCGUUUAGGCUACCAGAGCCAGCAGGUCAUACCGGAGGAGGUGGAGCGGGCUUGGAGAGUACUUGUCGAGGCUGGCUUCACACGCUAUCUGAUCAAAGGAGAGCCUGUGGAGAGUACGAGCUAA